AUGACGCCCCCGACAGAGUCUGACAGAGUCUGUCAGAGUCUGCUCACUGCUCAUUAUGACACCCCCGACAGAGUCUGUCUCACUGCUCAUUAUGACACCCCCGACAGAGUCUGUCCACUGCUCAUUAUGACACCCCCGACAGAGUCUGUCCCACUGCCUCAUUAUGACGCCCCCGACAGAGUCUGUCCCACUGCUCAUUAUGACACCCCCGACAGAGUCUGUCCCACUGCUCAUUAUGACACCCCCGACAGAGUCUGUCCCACUGCUCAUUAUGACGCCCCCGACCGAGUUUGUCCCACUGCUCAUUAUGACACCCCCGACAGAGUCUGUCCCACUGCUCAUUAUGACACCCCCGACAGACUCUGUCCCACUGCUCAUUAUGACACCCCCGACAGAGUCUGUCCCACUGCUCAUUAUGACACCCCCGACAGACUCUGUCCCACUGCUCAUUAUGACGCCCCCGACAGAGUCUGUCCCUCUGCUCAUUAUGACACCCCCGACAGACUCUGUCCCACUGCUCAUUAUGACGUCCCCGACAGACUCUGUCCCACUGCUCAUUAUGACACCCCCGACAGAGUCUGUCCCACUUCUCAUUAUGACACCCCCGACAGAGUCUGUCCCACUGCUCAUUAUGACACCCCCGACAGACUCUGUCCCCCUGCUCAUUAUGACACCCCCGACAGAGUCUGUCCCACUGCUCAUUAUGACGCCCCCGAAAGAGUUUGUCCCACUGCUCAUUAUGACACCCCCGACAGAGUUUGUCCCACUGCUCAUUAUGACACCCCCGACAGACUCUGUCCCACUGCUCAUUAUGACACCCCCGACAGAGUCUGUCCCACUGCUCAUUAUGACGCCCCCGACAGAGUCUGUCCCACUGCUCAUUAUGACACCCCCGACAGACUCUGUCCCACUGCUCAUUAUGACACCCCCGACAGAGUCUGUCCCACUGCUCAUUAUGACACCCCCGACAGACUCUGUCCCACUGCUCAUUAUGACGCCCCCGACAGACUCUGUCCCACUGCUCAUUAUGACACCCCCGACAGAGUCUGUCCCACUGCUCAUUAUGACACCCCCGACAGACUCUGUCCCACUGCUCAUUAUGACACCCCCGACAGAGUCUGUCCCACUGCUCAUUAUGACACCCCCGACAGACUCUGUCCCACUGCUCAUUAUGACGCCCCCGACAGAGUCUGUCUCACUGCUCAUUAUGACACCCCCGACAGACUCUGUCCCACUGCUCAUUAUGACGCCCCCGACAGAGUCUGUCCCACUGCUCAUUAUGACACCCCCGACAGACUCUGUCCCACUGCUCAUUAUGACACCCCCGACAGAGUCUGUCUCACUGCUCAUUAUGACGUCCCCGACAGACUCUGUCCCACUGCUCAUUAUGACACCCCCGACAGAGUCUGUCCCACUUCUCAUUAUGACACCCCCGACAGAGUCUGUCUCACUGCUCAUUAUGACACCCCCGACAGAGUCUGUCCCACUGCUCAUUAUGACGCCCCCGACAGACUCUGUCCCACUGCUCAUUAUGACACCCCCGACAGAGUCUGUCCCACUGCUCAUUAUGACGCCCCCGAAAGAGUUUGUCCCACUGCUCAUUAUGACACCCCCGACAGAGUUUGUCCCACUGCUCAUUAUGACGCCCCCGACAGACUCUGUCCCACUGAUCAUUAUGACGCCCCCGACAGACUCUGUCCCACUGCUCAUUAUGACACCCCCGACAGACUCUGUCCCACUGCUCAUUAUGACACCCCCGACAGAGUCUGUCCCACUGCUCAUUAUGACACCCCCGACAGAGUCUGUCCCACUGCUCAUUAUGACGCCCCCGACAGAGUCUGUCCCACUGCUCAUUAUGACACCCCCGACAGACUCUGUCCCACUGCUCAUUAUGACGCCCCCGACAGAGUCUGUCUCACUGCUCAUUAUGACACCCCCGACAGAGUCUGUCCCACUGCUCAUUAUGACGCCCCCGACAGAGUCUGUCCCACUGCUCAUUAUGACGCCCCCGACAGAGUCUGUCCCACUGCUCAUUAUGACACCCCCGACAGAGUCUGUCUCACUGCUCAUUAUGACACCCCCGACAGAGUCUGUCCCACUGCUCAUUAUGACGCCCCCGACAGACUCUGUCCCACUGCUCAUUAUGACACCCCCGACAGACUCUGUCCCACUGCUCAUUAUGACACCCCCGACAGACUCUGUCCCACUGCUCAUUAUGAUGCCCCCGACAGAGUCUGUCCCACUGCUCAUUAUGACACCCCCGACAGACUCUGUCCCACUGCUCAUUAUGACGCCCCCGACAGAGUCUGUCCCACUGCUCAUUAUGACACCCCCGACAGAGUCUGUCCCACUGCUCAUUAUGACACCCCCGACAGAGUCUGUCCCACUGCUCAUUAUGACACCCCCGACAGACUCUGUCCCACUGCUCAUUAUGACGUCCCCGACAGACUCUGUCCCACUGCUCAUUAUGACACCCCCGACAGAGUCUGUCCCACUUCUCAUUAUGACACCCCCGACAGAGUCUGUCCCACUGCUCAUUAUGACGCCCCCGACAGAGUCUGUCCCACUGCUCAUUAUGACGCCCCCGACAGACUCUGUCCCAUUGCUCAUUAUGACACCCCCGACAGAGUCUGUCCCACUGCUCAUUAUGACGCCCCCGACAGAGUUUGUCCCACUGCUCAUUAUGACACCCCCGACAGAGUUUGUCCCACUGCUCAUUAUGACACCCCCGACAGACUCUGUCCCACUGCUCAUUAUGACGUCCCCGACAGACUCUGUCCCACUGCUCAUUAUGACACCCCCGACAGAGUCUGUCCCACUUCUCAUUAUGACACCCCCGACAGAGUCUGUCCCACUGCUCAUUAUGACGCCCCCGACAGAGUCUGUCCCACUGCUCAUUAUGACGCCCCCGACAGACUCUGUCCCAUUGCUCAUUAUGACACCCCCGACAGAGUCUGUCCCACUGCUCAUUAUGACGCCCCCGACAGAGUUUGUCCCACUGCUCAUUAUGACACCCCCGACAGAGUUUGUCCCACUGCUCAUUAUGACACCCCCGACAGACUCUGUCCCACUGCUCAUUAUGACACCCCCGACAGAGUCUGUCCCACUGCUCAUUAUGACGCCCCCGACAGAGUCUGUCCCACUGCUCAUUAUGACACCCCCGACAGAGUCUGUCCCACUGCUCAUUAUGACACCCCCGACAGACUCUGUCCCACUGCUCAUUAUGACGCCCCCGACAGAGUCUGUCCCACUGCUCAUUAUGACACCCCCGACAGACUCUGUCCCACUGCUCAUUAUGACGCCCCCGACAGACUCUGUCCCAUUGCUCAUUAUGACACCCCCGACAGAGUCUGUCCCACUGCUCAUUAUGACACCCCCGACAGAGUCUGUCCCACUGCUCAUUAUGACGCCCCCGACAGACUCUGUCCCAUUGCUCAUUAUGACACCCCCGACAGAGUCUGUCCCACUGCUCAUUAUGACGCCCCCGACAGAGUUUGUCCCACUGCUCAUUAUGACACCCCCGACAGAGUUUGUCCCACUGCUCAUUAUGACACCCCGACCGACAGACUCUGUCCCACUGCUCAUUAUGACACCCCCGACAGAGUCUGUCCCACUGCUCAUUAUGACGCCCCCGACAGACUCUGUCCCAUUGCUCAUUAUGACACCCCCGACAGAGUCUGUCCCACUGCUCAUUAUGACGCCCCCGACAGAGUUUGUCCCACUGCUCAUUAUGACACCCCCGACAGAGUUUGUCCCACUGCUCAUUAUGACGCCCCCGACAGAGUCUGUCCCACUGCUCAUUAUGACACCCCCGACAGAGUCUGUCCCACUGCUCAUUAUGACACCCCCGACAGACUCUGUCCCACUGCUCAUUAUGACGCCCCCGACAGAGUCCGUCCCACUGCUCAUCAUGACGCCCCCGACAGACUUUGA